CCCCGGCCGACUCAUCGGUGGCUGAAGCGACGAGUAGUGCUGUUCAUGCGAAGGGAGCCAAAAGAGCACCUUCCCCAUUUUGCCUUUCCGGACGUCGUGUUUGCUGGAGCCCUGGGUGCGACGGCUGUCAAGGCGACAGCGCAGCAGCUGGUCCCGCUCCUCUUGCCGUUGCGGGCGACGGGCAGCGCUGCCGCGCGACAGUCGCAUUCGCCCAUAUGGUCUAGACGUGCAGUGCAGACAUCGCGUCUUUUAAUAAGACGGCGCGCCGUACAAGUGCCUCCCUGCAGUGAAUGCCAAUGCCUGUCGGCCGGACGUGCGCCCUCUAGCGCCUUGACCCAUCCCAGCCGCCCCUUCUUGCCCAGAGGAACUCUGCACACCGACCCAUCUCCACCACCGCACCCGCACCCUCAUUCUCACCUCCCGCCGCCCAUUCUUCAACGCUCGCAGCCCCCUGCCCCCGGCUUCUUGCACGCUGCAGCGCCAUUCUUCGCUCGCCCUCGGACGCGGACACCGCACCUCGCUUCGGACUGGCCUGUCCGCAUAGCCCCCAAGCGACCUCCGGAGACGGCUGCGGCCUCCUCCACGACUCCUCCAGUCCUGCCCUCGAGCUCUGCCGUCUCCCAGCAGCAUUGAAGACACGCCACCAUGGCCACCGGCAGCACAUCGUCGAACGUCGUCGGCGUUCAUUAUCGCGUCGGCAAGAAGAUUGGCGAGGGCUCGUUCG